UGCCAACGGCUUUCAUUUUAAUGCAGUGAUGAGGCAUCCUGAACUGAUACAGCCCAUUACGCCUUUCCCUCACUCCACCAUCUCAUGUCUUCGAGUCCAGUCGCAGGUCCAUUAGUUUCAUCUCCCCACUUGCAUGGCCUUACACGUUCAGCUUCCGCACCUCCUGCAUCGGAGCUCGAACCGUCAGGUAUAUUGCUGUCGCAGAAUGACAAAAGGUUCUACAACGAGGAGGCUCAGAGGAUAAAUGACAGGAUAGAAGAAGAACUGAGGAAAGAAUCCCAGAGAUUGAAGGAAGCGCAGCGGAAAGAGAUAAAAGUCAUGCUCUUAGGUCAGGCAGAAUCAGGCAAAUCAACGCUACAAAAGCAGUUCCAGUUAUAUUACGCUUCCAAAACCCUCGAUUCCGAAAAACCUUCAUGGAGGCCCGUUGUUCAUUUCAACGUGAUCAAGGCUGUGAAGACAAUUCUCGAAGAUCUAGAAUACGAAUUCUCCCGACCUCCCGGAGGUUCAUCCAUUUCUGAAGGAGAAGAAGUGGAGCCCUAUCACGCGUCGGAGAAGGAGAAGGAGGAAAUCUUCGAGCUACGGUCGCGACUAUUAACAUUCGCCUCUCUCCAGGACAACCUUGCAAGCGAACUGUCGGGCGGGGUAUCGAUAUCAGGCGGACGUACGGGCGUUUUUGUUCGGUCUGGUUGGCAAGGCCUUCUCUCCAGCCGAAAUCGUUCCGUGGAACCUCGGUCUAGCAAGCAACAGAUUGCUAACAUGGCUGCAAAAGCACUCCACGGGGCCCAGAACGAUAUUACUUCGCUGUGGAACCAUUCAGUAGUGAAGGGUAUGCUUAGCCAGCGGAAAAUAAGGCUCGAGGAGUCAGCGCCAUUCUUCCUUGAGAAUAUUUCUCGGAUAUCAGAACCUGACUAUGUUCCUAACACUGAUGACGUGCUGAACGUUCGGCUGCAAACCCUUGGAGUGAUAGAACAUUCGUUUCCCAUCAACUUAGGGGGAAGUGUGUAUGAAUGGAGAUUAUACGACGUCGGAGGAGCACGAGGUCAAAGGCACGCGUGGGUACCGUACUUUGACGAUGCGACUGCGAUUAUAUUUCUAGCACCUAUAUCCGCUUUUGAUCAGUAUCUGGAAGAAGAUGCACGAACGAAUCGCAUUGACGAUUCAUUACGGCUAUUCACCGUGAUAUGCUCGAGCAAACUGUUGAAGAAGGCACAUCUCGUACUGAUGCUUAACAAGACCGAUCUUCUUCGCACGAAGCUGAGACAAGGUGUUACGGUCCAAAAAUACAUCACGAGCUACGGUUCACGACCAAACAAAUACGAGGAUGUUUCGAGUUACUUCCGAGCCCACUUUGUACAGGUUCACAAGAGGAAGGAUACGUCUGGGCGGUCAUUAUACGUUCAUUUCACUUCGAUGCUGGACAUCAAGGCUACUCAAAGUAUAAUUGUGAACGUCGGGGAGGCUAUUAUCCGUCAACAUAUAGCAUUGACUGGGCUGGCAUAACCUGAAUCGAAUAAAUCUUACAACUGUGAACGAUGUUGUUCAUAUUUAUGUAGCAUAGUCAUACAAGUCGCUGUUUCUUAUGAUUUUUUUUUUUUUUUUUUUUUUCACUCUGUAAAGCUUUAUUAUACCUCUUCUGAUGUACACGACGUAUAUAUCAUUGUUGAAGCCUUUUGUGCGCGAUAAUUGCAAACGCGCCGUCUUCAACAAGACCCUCAGUCAUAUUGAGCUUUUACUACUUUUCUGAACCAC